GGUAUUAAUUAUCUAAAACUGGGCUAUUCAUGUCAAAGUAAUCAAUUCCCUGUAGUCCCUCUUUUGUUUAUUCCCUGUUUUGUUUACACUCAACUGGUUCAAAUUUGUUAUGGCUUCUGAAUGAAUAAUUGAAUGAAUGAAUGAAUGAAUGUUCUCUCCCAGGGCCAAUCAUAUUAAUGAGUCAUUUUCUUUAACUUCAUAGGACCAUGUGCUGUAUCCUACCACCACCCCAUUAAGAAAAAGCCUGUGACUUGUUAAUACGGAAUAUUUCUCCAGUCACUCAGGCGGGGUUUCCUUCCUAUGUUUACCUCUAUCUCUGGAAUGGGUUUUCAAAAUGGGCAUUCAGACUUAGACCUCCAAAUCUGUGUGCAGCUUGUGUACAAAUUAGCAAAAAAAGUGUACAAAAAAAGUCAAAUUAGGAUGGAUCCUUGUAAACAAACGAUUUUGUUUGUCGUGUUAAUUUCGUCUUGUGCUGGUUUGGAACAGGACUGUGCUUGCUCAAAGAAUCUGAAACACUGUGCUAACAUCUUCCAAAUGCCGGUGGACUUCCAAACGGCUCAAGAGAAAUGCAAACAGCGAGGCGGCCGACUCUCUACCCUGGCGAACUCAUCGGAGGAAGUUAUGGACUAUUUGGUUGAUAACACGAUCGGACACUUUUGGGUAGGAUUACACCCUACUCAGAGCAAGUGUUUUAAUGGAACGAUUAAUUCAGCCAUGGAGUUCACCAACUCGGAGACCGGAUUAUCGUGCGUUCCCCUCUGCGUGUCUGUGUCCAACGACCGACAGCAAACAGUGAGAUCGUGCGCCGAAAUAAUGGAUGGCUAUUAUUGUGGAGACUCUCAAGGGGAUUUUUGCAGAGAAAACGUGGUCAUCGUGGAUAACGCGAAGUGCAUGUUUGCGCCCUGUGAACAGCAAUGCACUGCUUUGAAAAAAAACGCAUACAGGUGUUCGUGCAAGGAAGGAUUUCGUCCCAACGCACGAGAUCCACGACGCUGCGAUUUAUAUUGCGCAACAAAAGUGUGUGACGCGUUGUGUGUGAGAAGCGGAUCGGCCUGUUGGUGCCCAGUUGGUUUUGUUAAAAGCGACAGUAAGUGCGAAGAUAUUGAUGAAUGUGAAUCAAAUCAUGACUGCGCACAGAUGUGCGAAAAUACCAUAGGAAGUUAUAAAUGUGCUUGCUUUGACCCUUACGUACUCGUUAACAAAACUAAAUGCACUCUCGAUCCUAUUCCAUUUAAUAGUCCAGUAGGCCCGUUCACAACCCCAUCGCCUAAUUUUAUAGCAAAGGGAGCCCUAUCGACUCCUGGAAAAUAUAUUGGGCUGAUAAUAUUUCUAGUAGUGGCUGUUUCUGCUGUAUUGAUACUGGUGCAGUAUUUACGCAGCCGUAAAGCAACACAGGACAGCAACCCACCACCAUAUGACGAGUGUUGACAUGAAAAAAGAGCUUAUAGACAUGGUAGUUUCUCUGUGAGUACUGGCAUGAAGUACUGUAGUUUGUUAUUGUACAUUCUGUGAAGGAUUUGACUUUGUCUGAAUGAAUAUUUACUUGUUAAACUACUGUACAUCAUUUCAAAAUUAGAUUAAGAGAAUUCAUAUUAAUACAAAGGUCUGCACAUUUCAAGUGACGCUGCUUCUUUAGGAUUUUGUUUGCAAAAAGUUGGGAAAUGUCUUUUUUUCUAGGUUAGAUCUUCACAUUUAUCAUUGAUCAUCACAAUAUGCUGUUCUUAUGAUUUAAAGUUGUUUAUUUUGUAAGAUGUUUACAACUAGACACGUGAAAAACUUUUACAUCAUAGAGAGUUUAUAUGGUGAACACUUUCAUAAGAAGUAAUUUUCUCAAAGUUCAUUUAUUAUAUGUAUUUUCAGUGAUAUCUCUAUGUUUUUGUAUAUUAUCAGUUAACCUAAAUUUUAACUGAACACUUGUAUCUUAUACAAUAAAUUUAUCCUUUAAAUGCAUAAGAUAAAUGCAUCUUUGACAUGCUAAAGA